CGGCGUAGGGUAAAACAGUGUUGAAUAUCAUUGUAACCAAUUACAGUAGACAAUAACAGUAGUUCUACACCAAUUACAGUAGACAAUAACAGUAGUUCUACACCAUGCUGUACGUUGCUGGGGUUCUGUUUUGGCUGAGUCUUGUCGCAGCUCAAAGACCAAAGACGGCGCCGUUCCGCGAGAGACGAGAGGUCGGGGACCGUCUCAAGACAUGGGAGCAUGAGUGCCCCGGGGACGGGGUCAUCAAAGAGAUCUACUUGGAUCGUGGUGAGAUCGGAUCUGACCGACCCCUGAGAUUUACCUGUUCAGAAGCGAUGGAUGUCUACAGGUGUGAAAACAGCGGUUACGUCAACAAGCUGACCGACUCCUUCCACUACAAAUGUCCUUCUGACAAAGUCCUGACCGGCAUUAAAAGCCUGUACAACCCCCACGCCAACGACCACAGGUUCAGCUUCCAGUGCUGCAAGGUCAGGAGGUCAAGGCCGACCAACUGCCGGAGGUCAGAGAUGUACGACCUGAGCGAGGACGUCCGUCUCCGCGUCCCCCGCGGUUGGGCCGUCACGGAGGUUCACAGUUUCUACAAGAGGCGGGCCGAGGGCCGCAAGUGGCGGUUUGAGAUCUGCGAGACACUAAAGCCCUCACGAUAACAACUGAGAAGUUCUUGUGGGCAAGUCACUGUAGUAUUGUGAACUACUGGAGACUAAUCUCAGAAAUAUAGGAAUCCUACAAAAAUAAAUACAUUUUCUUUAGUUAGUUCGAUGUGGUUUGUUCAAAAUUUGAAUAUAAUUUAUUUUUACCCUACGGAAUUGCUAGUAUUUUAAAUUUAGCGGGUCAUUAAAAAGAAACUAUUGUAAUGAGUCUUUUUACUUUCUCGUAUAUACGAAGUAUAGAGAAAGUAUUGUAAUCGUGCACAAAAAUCACUUGAAAUUUUAACUAUUUUUACCGUAUUACACCUCAGUCCUUCAUCACAUCCGAAGUAUAGAGGACUUAUUUUAAUCGGGCAAAAAUUAUCAAUCCAGAUUUAUCAAAAUUAAAAGGUUUUAUGCGUAUUCCAGUCUGAAAAACUGGGCUUUGCAAUUCUGUCCGUAUGUCUGUGUGUCUGUGUGUGUGUGUGUCCGUGUGUAAACACGAUAACUUGAGUACCGUUACAGCUAGGUUGAUGAAAUUUCAUAUAUAAGUAUUUUAUCAAAAUCGUAGAUCCGUAUCAACUUUUGAGCGAUUUCGGAUAACCGGAAGUGGUACUUUUUCUACUUUGAAUUUUUCAAAAGCCUAUAACUUGAGUACUAUUUCAGAUAGAUAAAUAAAAUUUGAUAUGUAAGUAAAAGAUCUAA